AUGAAACCGGAAGUCGAGCAAGAAUUAGCUCAUAUUUUACUGACAGAAUUGUUGGCUUAUCAAUUCGCAUCUCCUGUGAGAUGGAUUGAAACUCAAGAUGUCUUUUUGAAAGACUUCAACACUGAAAGAGUUGUUGAAAUCGGUCCUUCUCCAACUUUGGCUGGGAUGGCUCAAAGAACUUUGAAGAAUAAAUACGAAUCUUACGAUGCGGCUUUAUCUUUACAAAGACAAAUUCUAUGCUACUCCAAGGACUCUAGAGAGAUCUACUAUACCCCUGAUCCAUCUGAAUUAGCCGCAAAUGAAGAAGCUGCUAAGGAAGAAGCCCCAGCUCCAGUUGCUGCUGCUGCUGCUCCAGUUGCUGCUGCCCCAGUUGCUGCUGCUGCCCCAGCUCCAGUUGCUGCUGUUGCUGAAAUCGCCGAUGAACCUGCUAAGGCUUCUCUGGUUUUGCGUGUUUUGGUUGCUCAUAAAUUGAAAAAAUCACUAGACUCAAUUCCAAUGUCCAAGACCAUCAAGGACUUGGUCGGUGGUAAAUCCACUGUUCAGAAUGAAAUUUUGGGUGAUUUGGGUAAGGAAUUCGGCUCCACCCCAGAAAAGCCAGAAGAAACCCCAUUGGAGGAAUUGGCUGAAGCUUUCCAAGACACCUUCUCUGGUGCAUUGGGUAAACAAUCUUCCUCUUUGUUGUCAAGAUUAAUCUCUUCUAAGAUGCCUGGUGGGUUUACUAUUACCGUGGCCAGAAAGUACUUGCAGACCCGUUGGGGUUUGCCAUCUGGUAGACAAGAUGGUGCCCUUUUAGUGGCCCUAUCCAACGAACCUGCUGCCCGUUUAGGUUCUGAAGUCGAAGCCAAGGCUUUCUUGGAUUCCAUGGCUCAAAAAUACGCUUCCAUUACUGGUAUCGAUUUGUCUUCUUCUGCCAGUGCUUCUGCCGCUCCAGGCGCUGCCGCUGGUGGUGCUACCAUUGAUGCUGGUGCUUUGGAAGAAAUAACCAAGGACCACAAGGUCUUAGCUCGUCACCAACUACAAGUUUUGGCUCGUUACUUGAAGAUGGAUUUGGAUGGCGGUGAAAGAAAGUACUUGAAAGAAAAAGAUACUGUCGCUGAACUACAAGCUCAAUUAGAUUACUUGAAUGCCGAACUAGGUGAAUUUUUCAUCAGCGGUGUUGCCACCUCUUUCUCUAGAAAGAAGGCCAGAACUUUCGAUUCUUCUUGGAAUUGGGCCAAGCAAUCUUUACUGUCCUUAUAUUUCGAGAUUAUUCACGGUGUCUUGAAGAAUGUGGACAGAGAAGUUGUUAGCGAAGCUAUCAACAUCAUGAACAGAUCUAACGAUGCCUUGAUCAAGUUCAUGGAAUACCAUAUCUCUAAAACUGAUGAAACUAAGGGUGAAAACUACCAAUUGGUUAAGACACUUGGUGAACAGUUGAUUCAAAACUGUAAACAAGUCUUGGAUGUUGAUCCAGUCUACAAGGAUGUUGCUAAACCAACUGGUCCAAAGACUGCUAUUGACAAGAAUGGUAACAUUACUUACUCAGAAGAGCCAAGAGAAAAAGUCAGAAAAUUAUCUCAAUACGUGCAAGAAAUGGCCCUUGGUGGUCCAAUCACUAAGGACUCUCAACCAACUAUUGAAGAAGAUUUGACCCGUGUUUACAAGGCUAUCAAUGCUCAAGCUGAUAAGCACGAUAUUUCCAGCUCUACCAAGCUUGAAUUCGAAAAGUUGUACAGUGAUUUGAUGAAAUUCUUAGAAAGCUCCAAAGAAAUUGAUCCUUCUCAAACCACUCAAUUAGCUGGUAUGAUUGUUGAAGAUGCCUUGGACAAGGACUCUACCAAAGAAGUUGCUUCUUUGCCAAACAAAUCUACCAUUUCUAAAACUGUUUCUUCUACUAUUCCAAGAGAAACUAUUCCUUUCUUACAUUUAAGAGUAAAGACUCCUGCCGGAGACUGGAAAUACGACCGUCAAUUGUCAUCUCUUUUCUUGGAUGGUUUGGAGAAGGCUGCCUUCAACGGUGUUACUUUCAAAGACAAGUAUGUUUUGAUCACUGGUGCUGGUAAGGGUUCUAUUGGUGCUGAAGUUUUGCAAGGUUUGUUGCAAGGUGGUGCUAAAGUUAUUGUUACCACCUCUCGUUUCUCUAAACAAGUUACAGACUAUUAUCAAUCAAUUUACGCCAAGUACGGUGCCAAGGGUUCUACUUUAAUUGUCGUUCCAUUCAACCAAGGUUCUAAGCAAGAUGUCGAAGCUUUGAUUGAAUACAUCUACGACAGUGAAAAGAACGGUGGUCUAGGUUGGGAUCUAGAUGCUAUUAUUCCAUUCGCUGCCAUUCCAGAGCAAGGUAUUGAAAUUGAAAACAUCGAUUCUAAAUCUGAAUUUGCUCACAGAAUCAUGUUGACCAAUAUUUUAAGAAUGAUGGGUGGCGUCAAGAAGCAAAAGUCAGCCAGAGGUAUUGAAACAAGACCAGCUCAAGUUAUCUUGCCAAUGUCUCCAAACCAUGGUACUUUCGGUGGUGAUGGUAUGUACUCAGAAUCUAAACUGUCUUUGGAAACUCUAUUCAACAGAUGGCAUUCUGAAUCCUGGGCUAACCAAAUGACCGUUUGUGGUGCUAUUAUUGGUUGGACAAGAGGUACCGGUUUGAUGAGUGCUAACAACGUCAUUGCUGAAGGCAUUGAAAAGAUGGGUGUUCGUACUUUCUCUCAAAAAGAAAUGGCCUUCAAUUUGUUAGGUUUGUUGACCCCUGAAGUUGUUGAAUUAUGUCAAGAAUCUCCUGUUAUGGCUGAUUUGAACGGUGGUUUACAAUUCGUUCCUGAAUUGAAGGAAUUCACUGCUAAAUUGCGUAAAGAAUUGGUUGAAACUUCUGAAGUUAGAAAGGCCGUUUCCAUCGAAACUGCCUUGGAACAUAAGAUUGUUAACGGUAGCAGUGCAGAUGCCGCCUAUGCUCAAGUUCAAGUUCAACCAAGAGCCAACAUUCAAUUGGACUUCCCAGAAUUGAAGCCAUACAAGCAAGUUAAGGAAAUUGCUCCUGCUGAGCUUGAAGGUUUAUUAGACUUGGAGAGAGUUAUUGUUGUUACCGGUUUCGCUGAAGUUGGUCCAUGGGGUUCUUCUAGAACCAGAUGGGAAAUGGAAGCCUUCGGGGAAUUCUCUUUGGAAGGUUGUGUUGAAAUGGCCUGGAUCACAGGAAACAUUUCAUACCAUAACGGUAACUUGAAGGGUCGUCCUUACACCGGUUGGGUUGAUUCCAAGACCAAAGAACCUGUUGAUGACAAGGACAUCAAAGCCAAGUAUGAAGCAUCUAUCUUGGAACACAGUGGUAUCAGAUUAAUUGAAGCUGAAUUAUUCAACGGUUACAAUCCACAAAAGAAGGAAAUGAUCCAAGAAGUUAUUGUUGAAGAGGACUUGGAGCCAUUCGAAGCCUCCAAGGAAACUGCUGAGCAAUUCAAACACCAACAUGGUGACAAAGUGGAUGUUUUCGAAAUUCCAGAAACUGGUGAAUACUCCGUUAAAUUACUGAAGGGUGCCACCUUGUAUAUUCCAAAGGCUUUGAGAUUCGACCGUCUAGUGGCUGGCCAAAUCCCAACUGGUUGGAAUGCUAAGACUUAUGGUAUCUCUGAUGAUAUCAUUUCUCAAGUUGACCCAAUCACAUUGUUUGUUUUGGUCUCCGUUGUGGAAGCCUUCAUUUCCUCUGGUAUCACCGAUCCAUAUGAAAUGUACAAAUACGUUCAUGUUUCCGAAGUUGGUAACUGUUCCGGUUCCGGUAUGGGUGGUGUUUCUGCUCUACGUGGUAUGUUCAAGGACCGUUACAAGGAUGAACCAGUCCAAAACGAUAUCCUACAAGAAUCGUUUAUUAACACCAUGUCCGCUUGGGUUAAUAUGUUGUUGAUCUCUUCAUCUGGUCCAAUCAAGACACCUGUUGGUGCCUGUGCCACCUCUGUUGAAUCUGUUGACAUUGGUGUUGAGACCAUCUUGUCUGGUAAGGCCAGAAUUUGUAUUGUCGGUGGUUACGAUGAUUUCCAAGAAGAAGGUUCUUAUGAAUUCGCUAACAUGAAGGCCACUACCAACACUUUCGAAGAAUUCGAACAUGGUCGUACCCCAGCUGAAAUGUCCAGACCUGCCACCACAACCCGUAGCGGGUUCAUGGAAGCCCAAGGUGCUGGUAUCCAAAUCAUCAUGCAAGCUGAUCUAGCUUUGAAGAUGGGUGUGCCAAUUUACGGUAUUGUUGCCAUGGCUGCCACUGCUACCGAUAAGAUCGGUAGAUCCGUUCCAGCUCCAGGUAAAGGUAUUUUGACCACUGCACGUGAACAUCAUUCCACUUUGAAGUACGCUUCACCUAACUUGAACAUCAAGUACAGAAAGCGCCAAUUAGUCACCCGUGAAUCUCAAAUCAAAGAUUGGGUAGAAAACGAAUUGGAAGCUUUGAAAUUGGAAGUGGAGGACAUUCCAAACGAAGAUCAAAACGAAUUCUUGCUUGAACGUACCAGAGACAUCCACAACGAGGCAGAAAAGCAACUAAGAGCCGCUCAACAGCAAUGGGGUAAUGACUUCUUUAAGAGAGACCCACGUAUUGCUCCAUUGAGAGGGGCUUUGGCCACAUACGGGUUAACCAUUGACGACUUGGGUGUUGCAUCGUUCCACGGUACCUCCACCAAGGCCAAUGACAAGAACGAGUCUGCCACAAUCAACGAAAUGAUGAAGCAUUUGGGUAGAUCCGAAGGUAACCCCGUCAUUGGUGUUUUCCAGAAAUUCUUGACCGGUCAUCCAAAGGGUGCUGCCGGUGCAUGGAUGAUGAACGGUGCCUUGCAAAUCCUAAACAGUGGUAUCAUCCCAGGUAACCGUAACGCUGAUAACGUGGACAAGGUCCUGGAGCAAUUCGAGUACGUUUUGUAUCCAUCCAAGACUUUGAAGACCGACGGUGUCAGAGCCGUGUCCAUCACCUCGUUCGGGUUUGGUCAAAAGGGUGGUCAAGCCAUCGUGGUCCAUCCAGACUACUUGUAUGGUUCCAUCACUGAAGACAGAUACAACGAGUAUGCCGCCAAGGUCAAUGCCAGAGAAAAGGGUGCUUACAAGUACUUCCACAACGGUAUGAUCCACAACAAGUUGUUUGUCAGCAAGGAGCACGCUCCUUACACUGAUGACUUGGAGGAGAAUGUCUACUUGGACCCAUUAGCCCGUGUCUCCAAGGACAAGGUCGGCACUUUGACUUUCAACGCCAAGGGCAUCCAAAACAAGGACAGCUACAUGACCACCAGUGCCGUCGAGACCGCCAAAAUCUUGGAAACCAUGACCAAGGAAAAGGCCGCCAACGGCGGUGUUGGUGUGGACGUGGAAUUGAUCACCAGCAUCAACGUGGAAAACGACACUUUCAUCGAGCGCAACUUCACCGCGCAGGAAAUCAAGUACUGUACCGCGCAACCAAGCGCCMAAAGCUCCUUCGCCGGCACGUGGUCGGCUAAGGAAGCGGUCUUCAAGUCCCUGGGCGUCAAGUCCCUCGGCGGCGGUGCCGCCUUGAAGGACAUCGAGAUCGUUCGUGUCAACAAGAACGGGCCUGCCGUCGAAUUGCACGGCAACGCUAAGAAGCUUGCCGACCAAGCCGGCGUCACCGACGUGAAGGUGUCCAUCUCCCACGACGACGUGCAAGCCGUCGCAGUUGCCAUCUCUACCAAGAAAUAG